UGGCGUGGGAGUUGCUUCCGGGUUGCGCGCCCGGAAGCAGGAAGUUGUCGGCUUACCCUCCUCGCCCGGCGGCUGCUGUCCCCGAGGCGGGAGGAGCCCGAGAGGGCGCGCGGGCCCCGCAUGGAUUUUGUAUUGGAAGACAUGGAUCUAGCUGCCAAUGAGCUCAGCAUUUAUGACAAACUUUCAGAGACUGUUGAUUUGGUGAGACAAACGGGCCAUCAAUGUGGCAUGUCAGAGAAGGCAAUUGAAAAGUUUAUCCGACAGCUGCUGGAAAAGAAUGAACCUCAGAGGGGGCCACCCCAGUACCCUCUCCUGAUAGCUAUGUAUAAGGUCCUUGUAACCCUGGGAUUAAUCUUGCUCACUGCCUACUUUGUGAUUCAACCUUUCAGCCCAUUACCACCUGAACCGGUGCUUUCUGGAGCUCACACCUGGCGCUCACUCAUCCAUCACAUCCGGCUGAUGUCCUUGCCCAUUACCAAGAAGUAUAUGCCAGAAAAUAAGGGAGUUCCUCUGCAUGGGGGUGAUGAAGACAGACCCUUUCCAGACUUUGACCCUUGGUGGACAAACAACUGUGAGCAGAAUGAGUCAGACCCCAUCCCUGCCAACUGCACUGGCUGUGCCCAGAAAUUACCCCUCAAGGUAAUGCUCCUGGAAGAUACCCCAAAGAAAUUUGAGAGACUCCAUCCUCUGGUGAUCAAGACGGGACAGCUCUUGUUGUCAGAGGAGCUUCAGCGUUUCCUGUGCCAGUACCCUGAGGUAACGGAAGGUUUCAGCGAAGCGUUUUUCAACAAGUGGUGGCGCUGCUUUCCCGAACGGUGGUUCCCAUUUCCUUAUCCGUGGAGAAGACCUCUAAACAGAGCACACAUUUUACGUGAGCUUUUUCCUGUUUUCACGUACCUGCCAUUUCCAAAAGAUGCCUCUUUAAAAAAGUGCUUCCUUCUUCAACCGGAACCUAUUAUGGGUAGUAAGAUGCAUAGGAUGCAUGACCUGUUUAUCGUUGGCAGCGGUGAGGCCGUGUUGCAGCUCAUCCCCCCCGCCCAGUGCCAAAGACACUGCCAGUCGCUGGCGACACCGCUAGAGCCAGGGGACAUUGGCUAUGCCAGCGCCGCCCACUGGAAGGUCUACGUGAUAGCCAGAGGGGUCCAGCCUUUGGUCGUCUGUGAUGGAACCACCCUCUCAGAACUAUAGGAAACAAGAACUGUACAGAGGAACAACUUAGAGAGCUGAAGACCAGACUGAAAGGGGAGAAAUAAAAACAAUGAACCGCUUCCCAAGGCUACCUAGUUACCUGCCCUCUGCAUGCGUGUAUGAGCCAGCCGUAUGCUGGAGGUCGUGGCCACAGCCUGGCCCUCCCAACUCUUCCAGCCUAUAGCUGCUUGGCCAGGACUUUGCCAGUACCUGCCUGUGAGAGACUGGGCUCUUCCAUCUUCCACACCUUUUGGAACCGCAGCCUCAAGGCUGCUCCUCAGGCAGGAAACGGGAUUGGUGCCUUCCCUUUCUCGCACAGCCUGAUCCCCUCUGCCGGCUCCCUGGCCACAGAGAGGGCAGCCGGCAAGUCCUGACGUCAGAGCCAUCCCUUACCAGGUGAGCCUGCUUGUCCUGUCUUCCUGGCCACACCAGCCUGUACUUCUGUGGAAAGCCGUGCCUGAUUAAAGAAGUCAUUGCAGUUUCCCCAGCAGAAUGGAAUCUAGAAGCCAGUGAAACAGGAUUAAAUAAUCUCAUUGCACUCGAGAAAGGCACUGCUUUCCCCAGUGUCCAUGACUCGGAGUCUCAGUGAUGCCAGGGUGGAGUCUGAUUGUAAUGGAAAUAGUAAUUUCUAAGGUAAUACUUCCCUCCGUUUGAUCAGGGUCUUAUGCCCCCCGCUCCCUUCCCUUCUCGCUUGCCUAUCUGGAUGGUUUCUCAGAAAUUGGACUCCCAGUCUCCCCCUCCCUGGCUAGUCCAGAGCCCUUUACUGCUGAGGCAGCACAGUUUCUGUCAACUGGGUUGCGUUUACCAAGUGUCUUCAGAGGGGAUGAGUUAGAGCGCUGGCCUGGGGAGAGGGUGCCUCCCCAGGUUUGAUCUUUAGGGUCCAGCUUUCUGCAGGGAAGAUGUUUUACAGCUGUGUCAAGCUGAUGUUGUAAUGUGGUUGGGGAAGGAACUCCAGACCCAACGUGUUUGCCAGCUGGGUGUGCGACUCUGGGAUCUUCUGUCUUAAAAUGAUUUCUCUCUUUGUACUAGGAAACAAGGUGAGGUAUUUUUAUUGUUCGUAAAAAUAUAAAGGUAUGUUCUUUCAGUUGGGUGAUUCCCUAUGCUCAUUGUUUUCUCCAAGUGCUUUUAAUAUGUAUUAAUCAAAUGGUAUAAAUAAGGAUACUUUUCUUCCUCUUUUUUCCUCCCCCUUUAUUCCUUUAUUGAGGCUGCUAGAUACCUGGCCUCUAGUCAUGCUGUCACCAAGCUGAAGAAAAAAACCCGACUGUGGCCCCUGGUUCUGAAUCUCAGAAAUCAGAUGAGUACAGGUGUCCAUGGCAGAGUGAAUGGACCAGAGGCAGGCAGUGGCGAGAGAAGGAGGUGUGACUCCUUGCAGGGUCCUUCCUCUGCGUCCUUGGAGGUGUCCUUGUACCUUAUCCCUGGGCCCUCCCUUAGCACAUCUCCCGAGCAGGAGCAGCCAUGGGGAUCAGCAAGGCACUGAAAGACUUGCUUUGUGAGCCUGUAAAGGACAAGAAUGGUUCACAGAGCUCAGGGUGGAAAUAAUCGGCCUCCAUGGACUUGAAUGAAAUUAGGAUAAACAGUACCUGAGGGAAUUUUUCCUUAAACAAGUCUGCGCCUUGUGUGGGUUAAUACAGGAAAAACAAAAUUUUUUGUACAUAUAAAAGUCAUGCUGCUGAGCAGUUAUGAUUUAAGAGGUUUUAUUUCAGAGGGAUCAUUUCAAGGCCAGCUUUGUGCAAGCUUUUCGAGCCUUUGCAGUGUCCUUACCCCUGCUGUGCAUGGAGAAGGAUUAUAUGUAAACAAGUUCCUUAGAGUUUUCUUCAGUUGGGCCCUUUGGGUUAACAAAAGAGGGUUUCUUAGAAGGAAAAGAAACUGUUUUGAUGAUUGAGAUUUCUGUUUUGUCUUUAUGAAUUACCCUGUGUUCCUUCCCCAUUUCACUCCUGCCCUUCUCACCUUAAAUGUUCAUAAAAUAUCCACUUCAGCUCAAAACUGAAAACUGAGAAACCCUUGGCAUGUGUUGCUGUUCUGAGGCAUCUCCUGGAAAGUCCCCUAAGCCCCUGAGCUGUCUACAAUGCAACAAAAAAAUGGUGUGGCCGCAAAGAAACAGAUUUCCGUGCAUUUCCUAAGCUUAAAAUCUAUCCUGUUCAGAAUUGAAGGUCAAUUUCUGUUAAGGGAGAAAUUUUCCAAAGAGUUUUCAGCUUUUAAUUACUGGAUACGUAGAAGUAAUUUGCCUUCUUCUGAAGGCAGUUCUGAUAAGCAGAACACAGGAAUGGCUUCCCUCAGGAAUGGCCUGGAUUGGCAGCCCGAGACUUUGUGUGAGGGUGCUGCUCACCCAGCUCUCAUGGGAGCAGCAGAAGCCCCUCCGCAUGACCCUGUGUGCAAAAGAGGGUCAUCAAGAUGAGGAGGAAGGGUUGGGGGGCAUGGUGGGACUACCUAACCAACCCCCCACCUCCACCACAAGAAGAACAAAAUGCUCACAAGUUUUCGAGUGUUUACGAAGAGGUGACAUGGUGGUGACCUCUACACGUGGGUUAGGUUCACUUUUCUUGUAGGCACCCAGAGUAGAGACUUGUAUCCCCAGCUCUCUCUGGGGAGAAAGGCUGCUUUGGCACCAGUUUGAAGCAUUUAUGUCCAGAUGCCCUGACGUCAGCAGGGGCCAAGUAUUGACAAGACAUUACACCUGUUCAGGCAGAACUUAUCCUCUCCCCACACUCAAUUUUCUUAGGGAAGGGAGGGAGUCAAAUAUUAUGGUUUAUGAACAUAGAAUCUAGGGUCGCCUGGCUGGCUCAAUCAGUGGAGCAUGCCACUCUUGAUCUCAGGGCUUGUAAGUGUGAGCCCCAUGUUGGGUGAAGAGAUUACAUAACAAUAAAAUCUUAAAAAAACAAAUACACAGAAUCUACUUAUUUUGUGAAGAACAAAACAGUUUAAGAAAUGGGCAGAUUUGGACUCAUUUUCUGAGGGAAAGAAUAGUAACAUUUGUCCAGUCCAUUCUAAGAGGGCCUCAAUCUCUGUGAUCUCCUUUAAUCGUUACUCAGUCCUGUCAAGUAGGUGUUAGAUCCUCAUUUUACAGGAAACAUUUUACAGGGCUUAGAACAGUUAACUGCAGGUCAGUAGGUAGUUGGUUUUGCAGCACAUUGUUUCCCUGCCUCAGCACAGUGUGGUGCCUGAGAGCGAGAGCGAAGCUGUGGGUUUAAUUGCCUGGGGCGUGUCUGCACUGGGUCAGGAGGACCUCGGGAGAGGGUCAGCAAGCCAGGAACUCUUCAGGGUUUGUUUCCAAGAUUGUUUUGGACAGAAAGGGAACAGGAGAGAAUCUAACCAGAUGACUUUUAUAAAAAUCUUUCACUUUCUCCCUCCCCAUUUGAAAGCUCUUUAAGAGUGAGCGUGGCUGGAACACAACUGUGUCCAGCCAUUUUCCCAUCACGCACGUUUCCAGAUGUGUGACCAGAAGAGGGACUCUGCCCAGUUCCAGUUGUGGCUCCCUUUAGAGUUUACCUCACUUGUUUGUCAGCUCUCCUUUUUCUCCCUUCUUCCCAAAUCCAGCAUAGACCUCUGUGUAGGAGCAAUUUGUUUUUUAAAAACUCUCAGUCUCCUUCGCUGCAGGUAAUGGCCUCACUCAUUUUAAUAUAGUCUGGGAUGAGAGUUUGCUCCUUAACCAGUGGCUUCCAUAAUGAACAUUCAAAACCCCAAAGCAAAUGUUCACUUCUUACCUAAUCCUUGCCCACAGGAGAAGGCCAAGUUGUAGGGGAAAGAGCCAGAGCUGUCUGGUUACAUGGAGAGAAGUGAUCAUGACUACCUCUUGAGAAUCAGUUCUUAAUCAGAGGGGUCCUUUAGGCUUUUGAGCUCUCCUAGUGAUGGAGGAGAAACUCCUGAGUUCACGAGUUCACACUCAUUAACUUACAGUGGUGACCCAUCACCCACUAAAAUUAGAAGAAGGAAAGCAAUGUGGGAUGUGCUUUAAAUGGUGUUUCUCCCCUUUUUUUAAAUUUAAAUUUUAGUUAACAUACAGUGCAAUAUUGGUUUAAAUGGCAUUUUAGAUUGAGAUUCUCUCUGUUCGGAGCUAUGCGUGUUGUACACAGCGCCAAUGGGUGUCUGGGCCAGGAGGCUGGAAGGUGCCAGUGCUUAUGGGGAUAGCCCUGUAGCUUGAAAUGGGAGCUGCAUGGGAGAAAUGGGAGGCUCUAGGAAUACGCUGUGUCGCCAUCAGCAUCUCCCUGGCCUCCUCAGCCCCAGCCUCCUGAUAUCUAGUGGCUUCUUCCACAAAAGCAUCUCCCAAGAAGACAGACAGGUGCUCCCCUGUUUGCACCACACCCAGGUCGGCCCACCCUUGGACACAGUAUGGUUUUAUGCACUGGCCUUUGUGAGAAACCGUCCAGCCAGCUUGUCUCUUGUCCAGGCCCCUUAGUGUCUGGUUUCCCUGCCCUGCAUAAUUUAAGCAUUAGAGCUAAAUACAUCUGUCAUUUUCCUCUCUCCGGAGACUGGGAAAUGUCCAGAGCUUUUCAGAAGAGUGGAGAGAAGAAAUGUUAUGUAACUCCUAGUGGAGGCCUGGAACCGUCCAGACAUGGUGGGGCUGGGGCUGACCCGCAGACCAUUUCCCCUCCACUUAGUGCGUCUGUCAGUCGGCAGCAUGGAUCCAAGCAUGAGCCCCAGCUGCAGGCACCUGAGCAGAGAAGGGAAACCAGUCUAGAGUUUCAAACAGAAACUGGGCAGUCAGGCCAUCAGCUGUGCCAAGCUUAGUUAACCUCAUUUCCUCACAACAGCUCUGUGGGGUAGGUGAGGUCAUCCUGUGAAGCUACUUUUACUCAAAGAUCAGCCGUGUCCCAGCCUCCAAAUUCCAGCUCCUCAGGACACUUUUGGCCCUUUCAGAAACAAACUCUCUCUUAUCCACAAGAAUUUGUGACAGGAUCAGACAGACACAUGGCAUUCCCAAGAACCCCUAGUCUCAUCAUGACUGGCAACUUCCCCCCCCCCAACUUGUUGCCAUAGUGUCCCCCUCAGAAACAUGUUGGCUGUGGUCUCUCUCCCUCCCUCCUUUGGAAGGGUCAGUAACAGACGCCUAGGCUGGGGGAGCAGACUGGAGGGGCAGAGCUAAGCCAGCAGCUAAUGCUCAGCCUCUUCCCCACCCUCGUCAGGGACAGGCGUUGGGACAGCUGCCGUGCAUCUUCAAGGGAACCAGGGAAGGUUCCAGUAGGCCGAGGGAGACCGACACCUGUCCCAACCACGCAUGCUCCAGAUGGUAUGUGCUGUUCUAAUACGUGUUCGGUGCAGAAUGUUGACGAUAACUUAAUGUACUGCAAACUUGUAAAGACUUCCGCCAUGUAAAGAAUGUAUGUAAAUGAAAGUUUUUACUUUUGCAAUUAAAAGUGUGUAUGAUGGUUGAUAAGAA